AUGCUGUCGACUCGCGGGGAACGCUCAGAGGUCCCGGUUGAGGGUCAUCCCGAUGAGCAACGACUACUCGGUAUUGGGAGUCAACUGGGUGCCGAUGCUGCGACUCUUGUCCGGCGGGUGCGUACUCUCAAGUGGUUGGCGCUGAUGCGCUCAGCUGAGGCAGUGCCAGCGUUGGAUGAGCACUUGUACGCCACCGAGGCGCAGCUCCAAGCAGCGGAGACGCACUUCUACUGGCUGAAAGAGGCGCUAGAGGAGGACUUGCGAUAUGCCGGACAAAUGAAGCAGCUUUGUCGCCGAGUACGAGAGCAGCGGCAGCAGUGGCGUCGUUUGCAGGUGGCGCUCCAGCAGCGGCGACGCGCCGGGCGCACUUGCGCUGGUACGGAGGACGCUUCACCACCGAGCGCGCAGCAGCCACCUGGAUCAGAAGGAGCACCCACUGGCAGGGUAAACGACAGUGUCUCGCCUGUUCCACGGAAGCGAGACUCGUUUCCCCGAGCAGCGCCGGCGGUUGACGCCGCUCCACGCGUCGAGCCAGUGACUGAGGAGACGCUCCAGCAAGUUCCGGGGCACAUACGCGGACGCGUCACCAUAGAGCGUCUGCAUAGAGCGAUCAGCGAUAUUGAGAGCAUCUUGCGUUAUAAGUAUGCGCUUUUGCGUCGUCCAAAGCAUGAGCUCACUUCUGCGCAGCUUGAUCAGCGCUGCCGCUAUGAGGACAUGGAAACGGACGAGACUCGCGGGCACUACUUUUUCUCCGAGACAGAUAUCAAGUCCUUUGCAUCACUGAAGCAGGAUACUACGGGCAGAGCGCUGAUGAAUGUUUUUCGGCAUCUUGGUCGUCUACGAGAGUCACGAGCCGCCACGCAUGCUCGAAUCUGGAUACUUUCAGGCCCCUGA